AUGGAAAGCUCACCUGUGCUCGCCACCCACCUCCACGCCCGCACUCUGGGGUCUGCCUUCAUUCCGUUGUCUCGAGUGCCACCUCCCUUCCCCUUGUUCCAGUCACUACCGUUCCUGCCAUCAAUGGGCGCCACGAGUGUGAAGCAGCCGACGGCGCCCCUGGGAAUGGACCCCAGAUUGAUGGGGAUGCUGCAGAACUACGGGUCCCUGGGUCAGCUGCCGUGGGCGGCUCUGGGCGCCGGCGACCUGGCACUCAACCGUCUCCUGUUGACUCCUGGGGGACGCCUCAGCCGACCCAAGAAGCGAUACAUCUGUAAGUAUUGUCAACGGGAGUUUACCAAGAGCUACAACCUGCUGAUCCACGAGAGAACACACACGGACGAGCGGCCCUUCCCUUGCGACAUCUGCGGCAAGGCCUUCAGGAGACAAGACCACCUCCGCGACCACAAGUACAUCCACAGCAAGGACAAGCCCUUCAAGUGUGAAGUGUGUGGCAAGGGCUUCUGCCAGGCGCGCACGCUGGCCGUCCACAAGGCCCAGCACGCCCACGACGCGCCACCCACGCACAUUUCUCCCACAAUUCAACGGCAUGUUUUCUCUCCUGCUUCUUGUGACGAAGAAUACAACAACGUCGUCCGGUGUGACGAUGACGACGUGAUGCAGACGGCAACUGAGGAGCUCACUGACCCUCUCGUCUCCUCGCCUCCUAAGAGACGCGGCUUCUCCAUCGCUGAUAUCAUGAGCAGAUAGAUGAGAGUGCCUCUACUCGGCUACGCUUCGAGGCACUCAGUACCACCCAGUGCCUAGAGUGCCGCUCAUUGUAAAUAACUGUAUAUUCUGUACAGAAAUAUAUUUUAUAUACUCCUAAUAAAUUAUUUUAAUAA